CGAAAUAUUAUUGAUUGCAGGAAGAAGAAGCAGCAGGAGAAGCAAAAGAAAGGCGCAGCUCGUUAAAUCAAAACUGUUCAAAAGGGAAUUCCUGGCAGAACCAAGUUAAAAUUAAGUUAUCCCCUGUCGAAGGACAUGCUCUAAGUUCCGGGGAAGUCCCCAUCGAGUGAGAUUCAGCAUUUUGAGUGACGCCCAGCCAGAGCGAGCUUUUUAAGUCCCGAGCCUGAAAAUACGCCGAUCCAGCGUAAGAUUCUUCGAGAAGUCCGUUCCGCCAUAUAGCCAUUAUGACCAAUCUGGAGAAGCAGCACGAGAUGGUGAAGCGCAGCCUGGUGCAGUUUAUCAGCGGCCACAUCCCAGGGGCCGACUUCAGCGUGGUGGACGAGAUCGUCCUGUCGUACAUCAUCUCAAUUUGAGAGGCCUCUCAGGAUCCGUGCUUCGACGUGGAGGGCUUCGUGGAGAUGAUGGGCGCCUACUUCGAGAAGUUCCCCACCAUUGACCAGGGCAUCAUCUGCGACUGGAUCUACAAGCUGGCCAACGAGCUCACCGAGAUGGAGAAGAACCAAGGAGGACAUGACACUAUCAACUUGUCGCUCAACUCCCUGAGCCUGUCGAGCAUUAUUCCGGAGUCCAAGCUACGUGCUCGCAACUCGUCCACUUGAAAGGACGAGCUCUCCUCGAACAGCAGCAGCAGCGGCGGGGGCAGCAAUAAGCGCUCCCAGCACUUGUCGGAGACCAGCGAUGGAGGCUCCACGGAUAGCUCCAGCUCGACUUGUGACUACUUCCUGGAUGAAACCGAAGUUCUCCAGGAAAUGUUUCCGGAUUCGGCCAUUGCCGAGAUCAAGCACUGCAUCGCCAUUUCCAAAGGCGACAUCGAUAGCGCAACCCAGAUCCUCUUGCAUCGCCAAGAGACCAAUCAGUGUAUCAUUGACAAGUCGCAUACUACUUACAUCAAGAAGAAUGUUGUCGUCGACGAUAAUGAACUCAAGAAUCGUAUUAUUGCUAGGUACUCUUAUGUGGACAAGAACGCCACCCAGCGCGAGUACAAGCCGGUGGUGCCGAAGAUGGAGCCGCGCAAGCUGGUGCGCUACCGCGACAACAAGAUUGUAUCGCUCAAAGAGCGGUACACCGAGAUCAAGCGUGACGAAGAUGCUGAGUUAAAAAAACCCAAGAAGCAGAUUCAACCGUAACUAAAGAGGAACAAAACCCUCUUCAAGUAUUUUAUCAAGAAGCAAAUUAAUCCACACCCCAGUAACUUAUCCGCACCCUCGAUCUUCGCCAGCAGCAGUAGCUGCAAAUCCACCGGCAGCAGAAGCCAUCCCGAGCACAGCUUAUGCAAUCAUAUGCAUAUUGUUGGGUUGGCCUCCGCUAAAAGCCAUGCCAGCACCUAUCCCAGCUCCGUACCAGUGAUUCCCGCCAAGCUUAGCCAACGUUUAGAUGCUUCCCAACACGACGACGAUGAGACACGAGAGUUCAGAGACAAAGACGAGCCACCGAGCACAGCGAAUCGGUUCCCAUAUCCGAGUGAGUAUGGUCAGGAGUUUGUGGCAUCGGCCGGCAUGGUUGUGCUACUGUUGCUAGUCGGCCGUCACCAUUGGACAUCGACAUCUCAUCGCGCCCAUCCCCAUGACAAAGACAGAAAGACUUUACAUACCAAAUUAGUUGAUAGUUAUGCUUUAGGACUACUCGCUUAUGCAAAUUUUGAGAGCCCAUCCGCCGCGGUGGCCGUCUGCUUAUGAGUCCCGUUGCCGGGAGCAGGCAGCCCGGACGGAUCUGGACCAGGGUCUGUAUCCGUUGCCAGUCGUCGAUUAUGACGACUGGGGUCGCGCCUGCGCUGUGACUUCUCCUUAGUUCCUUACGCAAGCGAAUUCGAAUCGAACCGUAUCUGUGAAAAUCGUGAAUCUCAAACUCUUUAAUGUCCUCGAACAGUAUUGUUAAACCUACUUCGAACCCUAGGAUCAGUCGCAGGUGCGACACCCAAACCGAAUUUGGCGCUCAAAUAGACUUAUUUAGACGUUUUUAGGUACUCGAAUUGAUGAAUUUUGUUGGCCGUGUGCGUGUUUCAGAAACGCAGCUGCACAAGAAACUUGCCAUAUCUGUUUAAGAUUUGUUAACCCAUUUUGUAUCGUGUAAAUCGUUUUGUUUUCCUCUGGUCCAAGCAAACUAGCAACAGUAAUCUAGCAACAAUGCCACCAAAGCCACAUGCAACACAAACUAGUCCUCACCGCCCACUGAGAUAUCUGGAACCCAUAACAAUUCGGCUACUGCUCGGUGUAAGACAGCAAUACUAACAAUAAUCUAAACGUAUUCAGCAUAUACACAUGUAUGAACUAAUCGAAUAAUCAACUAUUUAUAAAGCGUAGCCUAUCCCCUAAUCCUUUCCGAUUAUUGUAACAAUUGUAACCUACAAUAUCACACGGCAGACCCUCGCCCAAUUCAUGUUAGAUUUAAGAAUCCUGAACAAUGUUCGGCCGUUUUGAGUUUGUCACUUUUUGUUUGAGACAAAAAAAAUAA